AUGGUUGACACUCGCAACCGGAAUCAUUCCCCUCCUAGGGAUGACGUCAGCGAUGUUUCUGAAGAAGCUUUGCCUGCUCCGCCUCCAGUUAACACUAAUGCAGAUGAAGGGCAACAACUACCACCCCCGGUGCAUGUAGCCCCUGUUCCCUCAGCUGCUACCACACCUGUUAUUCCUCCCCCAGCACCAGCUGCAGUCAAAGUCCCUGGGGUGCAAGUAGUACCAAAUCCACCUCCUCCUACUCCGGCUGCACCACGAGUCCAAAAUGCGGUGCCAGAGUGGGCUGAUGCCUCUAAGCUUUCGGAGAAAUUCCAGAAGCAUCGUCCUCCUACUUUCUACAAGUUGAUUCACGAUUCUAUGUUUCCAGCCACCUAG